AUGUUGUUUCGCAAGAUUACAGCCCUGUCAGUAGCGUCGCUGUUGACAAGUCGCGUUGUGGCCGACGAUCUGCCUGCUAUCGAGGUCAAGGGUAACAAGUUCUUUUUCUCGAACAAUGGCUCCCAGUUUUACAUGAAGGGUAUUGCUUACCAGCAAGACACAGCCAACACAACCAGCGGCGAGAGUUUCAACGAUCCGCUCGCUGACUACGAGACCUGUUCCAGAGAUAUCCCAUACAUGCAGGCUGUGGACACCAACACCAUCCGUGUGUAUGCCUUGAACAAUUCUUUGGACCACACCAAGUGUAUGCAAGCUUUGAAUGACGCUGGUAUCUAUGUUAUUGCAGACCUAUCUCAGCCUUCUCAAUCCAUCAACAGAGACGACCCUGCUUGGGAUCUUGAGCUGUACAAGCGUUACACUGACGUCAUUGAUGCCAUGCACAACUACACCAACAUCUUGGGUUUCUUCGCCGGUAACGAAGUCACCAACAACAAAUCGAACACUGCUGCCUCCGCCUUCGUUAAGGCCGCUAUCAGAGACUGCAAAAAAUACAUCAAGGACAAGGGCUACAGAGACAUUCCUGUCGGUUACUCCACAAACGAUGAUGAGGAAACUAGAGUCAGCAUGGCCGACUACUUCGCUUGCGGAGAUGAAGACGUCAGAGCCGACUUCUACGGUAUUAACAUGUAUGAGUGGUGUGGCUCUUCUACUUUCCAGUCUUCCGGUUACGAGGACAGAACCAAAGAGUUUUCCAACUUGACUAUUCCUAUCUUCUUCUCUGAGUAUGGUUGCAUAGAAAGCAGACCAAGAAAGUUCCAAGAAGUCGGUACUCUUUACAGUGAUGACAUGACUGACGUGUGGUCCGGUGGUAUCGUCUACAUGUACUUCGAGGAAGCCAACAACUACGGCCUUGUGUCCGUCUCUGGCGACAAAGUUAGCACAUUGUCUGACUACAGCUACUACUCUGAGGAGAUCAAGAGCGUCUCCCCAACCUCUGUUAACUCUAAGACUUACACUGUCUCGAAUGCGACUUUGUCGUGCCCUGCCACAAACUCGAACUGGAAGGCUGCUACCAGCUUGCCUCCAACUCCUAACCAGCAAGUGUGCGAGUGUAUGUCUGGUUCCUUGUCUUGCGUCGUUGCCGAUGAUGUUGACGAGGAUGACUACCAGGACCUGUUUGACUACGUUUGUGGUGUCAUUUCUUGCGACGGCAUCACUGCCAGCGGAUCUAACGGCACUUAUGGAUCUUACUCCUUCUGCGAUGCCAAGUCUAAGCUUUCUUUUGUCCUGAACAAAUACUAUGAGAGCAACGGUUCCAGCAAGUCUGCUUGUAGCUUCAGUGGCUCCGCUUCUCUGCAAACCGCAAGCACCGCCUCCACCUGCUCUUCUAUCUUGAGCCAAAUCGGUUCUCAAGGCACUGGCUCCGCCACUGGUUUGUCUUCCGCUACCGGCGUUAGUUCCAUCAGCACCGGUUCCAACUCUGGCUCUAAGUCUGGGUCCUCGAGCUCUUCAUCUUCCUCAAGCUCCUCGGACAAAAAGAACGCUGCCUCAACAAACUCUCCUAAGUCUGUCGCUCAGAUACUGCUGACUGCCUUUGUGGCCAUCGGUGCCACCGCUGGCGUUGGCUUUGUUAUCGCUUAA